AUGCCAGCUGUUAUUGUCCCUCAAUGCGACCUGCCAGUGCCCAUCAGUGCCUCAUCAAUGCCACAUAUCAUUGCCUACCAGUGCACAUCAAUGCCACAUAUCAGUGCCCAUCUGAGCUGCCUUUCAGUGUCACCUAUCAGUGCCACCUAUCAGUGCUGCCAGUCAGUGCCGCGUAUCAGUGCCAGUCAGUGCUGCCUAUCAGUGCCGCCUAUCAGUGCUGCCUAUCAAUGCCCGUCAGAGCUGCUUAUCAGUGCCUCCUAAUAGUGUCACCUAUCAGUGCCAGUCAGUGCCACCUAUCAGUGCCAUACACGAUUGCUGCCUUUUAG